CGCUGCACGUGACCAAAACCACCGACUGGUUUAACCCCUUAUAUAAUAUCUCAACACUCACUCUCUCUCUCACACUACCAUCUAAAACCCUCAAUCGGUUUUCUUAUCUGCCUCUCUCUCUCUAGACUUUACUCUCUCUCUCUCUACAAUCAUCAUGGCAACAUCUGGCAAGAAGAUCAAGAUCGGAAUCAACGGGUUCGGAAGAAUCGGACGAUUGGUUGCUAGGGUCGCUCUUCAGAGGGACGAUGUUGAGCUCGUUGCUGUCAACGAUCCCUUCAUCACCACCGACUACAUGACCUACAUGUUCAAGUACGACACAGUCCAUGGCGCAUGGAAGCACCAUGAGCUCAAGGUCAAGGACUCCAAGACCCUUCUCUUCGGUGAGAAGCCUGUCGCUGUUUUCGGAAUCAGGAACCCAGAGGAGAUCCCAUGGGGUGAGGCCGGUGCUGACUUUGUUGUUGAGUCUACCGGUGUUUUCACCGACAAGGAGAAAGCUGCUGCCCAUAUCAAGGGAGGUGCAAAGAAGGUUAUCAUCUCUGCUCCCAGCAAGGAUGCUCCCAUGUUCGUUGUUGGUGUGAACGAGAAGGAAUACAAGCCAGACAUUCACAUUCUUUCCAAUGCCAGUUGCACUACCAACUGCCUUGCUCCCCUUGCCAAGGUUAUCAACGACAGGUUUGGAAUUGUUGAGGGUCUCAUGACCACGGUGCACUCCAUCACUGCCACCCAAAAGACUGUUGACGGUCCAUCAAUGAAGGACUGGAGAGGUGGACGUGCAGCUUCCUUCAACAUCAUUCCUAGUAGCACUGGAGCUGCCAAGGCUGUUGGAAAGGUGCUCCCAUCUCUUAAUGGAAAAUUGACCGGAAUGUCCUUCCGUGUGCCCACUGUUGAUGUUUCCGUUGUUGACCUGACUGUCAGGCUUGAGAAGGCUGCAACCUAUGAACAGAUCAAGGCAGCUAUCAAGGAGGAGUCUGAGGGCAAGUUGAAGGGUAUCUUGGGUUACACCGAAGAUGAUGUCGUGUCCACCGACUUCAUUGGUGACAGCAGGUCAAGCAUCUUUGAUGCCAAGGCUGGAAUUGCAUUGAAUGACAACUUUGUCAAGCUUGUCUCAUGGUACGACAACGAGUGGGGUUACAGUUCCCGUGUGGUAGACUUGAUCGUGCACGUAGCAUCGAGUCUCUAGGGUUUUUAGGUUAUGGUUUGGGAGUUCAGAAUAAGAAGUUUCUUGUUUCCUGUGUGACUUAAUGCUCCCUGGGUUAUCUAUUUUUGAUGCUUUGACAUUGUCAGUUUAUGAGUUCCUUCCCCUUUUUGCUUUUCUUUCAACAAGGAAAUAAAAUUUUGUACUUUAGUUUUAAAAGUUUGAUGAUAUACUGCAAAAACCGAGGGGAGGGGGUUGCUCCUCUCUUCUAGCUUCAACGUUGUGCUUCUUAAAA